ACGAGUAAGAAGUUGUAAAGGUCGUUAAUAAUGAGUUCGUAGUGAAUAGAGAUAGGCAGGUUUAAUUUUGACGGAAAUUAUAAUAUUCGAAUGGAUCUUAAUGUAACUGUGUGAAUAUCUGGAUUUACGAUGAAAGUGAGGAUGUUAUGGUAGUUUAGGACUUACAGAUCGUCCGUAAUGAAGAACCCCUUGUGGAUUUAUGUUCCAGUUCUUAUAAUUAGCAUCAGAACAUCAAAAGGAAUACCAUCAUGUGACCCUAAUCCCUGUCUAAAUGGAGCUGCCUGUGAGUCAAUGGCAAAUGGUUUACAUCAGUGCAGAUGUGGUACAGAGUAUAUAGGGGAAUACUGCCAGAAAGUGAACCCAUGUCUACAGACUAUGUGUAAAAACAAUGCUACAUGUCAAGUUAAUACACGUGGCAACAAUCAGUACACAGCAGAGUGUAUAUGUCAACCAGGCUUUGCUGGAAGUCAGUGUGAAUAUAUAAAUCCCGCCAGUGUGUGUUACAAUCCUCCUUGCAAAAAUGGCGGGACAUGUAUCAAUAGUAACUCGCAAGAUCUGUCAGUCUACAGGUGUGACUGUAAAUCAGGCUUUAUGGGAAUGCACUGUGAGACAAUCGACUACUGCGUGAACCAGCCAUGUAGUAAUGGUGCCACCUGUAUGUCACACAGCACUGGGUACACAUGUACAUGCAAGUUUGGAUUUACAGGUGAUACGUGUAAGGAUGAUAUAGAUGAGUGUGAAGCCAACCCUAACUUGUGUCAGAAUGGUGGAUCUUGCAAAAAUCAGUAUGGAUCGUACUUUUGUAAUUGCCCAGUAGAAUAUCGAGGUCAGUUGUGUGAGCACCGAUAUGUUCCAUGUGACCCGGACCCCUGCCAGAACAACGGCAUGUGUAAAAUCACCGGUGCAACAACCUACCAGUGUACAUGUCCAUCAGGGUUUCGAGGUAUGAACUGUGAGGUGAACAUUGAUAACUGUAAAGGAAAUAACUGUACCAAUGGUUCCACUUGCAUUGACGGUAUCAACUCGUACAAGUGCCAGUGUCCACCAACACAUACCGGUACACAUUGCGAAUACGAUGUAGACGAGUGUGAGAAACAUUCUGAUAUAUGUUUGAAUGGUGGAACUUGCCGUAAUCUACCUGGCGAGUACCUGUGCGUGUGUGUGAAUGGCUGGACAGGAGCACAUUGUGAGAUUAACAUUGAUGACUGCAAGGAUAAUCCAUGCUUUAAUGGUGGAACAUGCAGAGAUAGAGUUGGCUACUAUUACUGCGAUUGUCCUUUAGGAAAGACAGGUCUACGUUGUCAUCUCGACGAUGCAUGUAUCAGUGCUCCAUGUAAAGGUAACGGUUCAUUAUGUGAGACCUCACCAGUUGAAGGCAAACCAAUCUGUACCUGUGGUAACGGCUGGACUGGCUGGGACUGUGGUACCGAUAUAAAUGAAUGUUUGGCAGAAUACGAUUUUCAACUUUGUGCUCAUGGUGGAACAUGUGUUAAUUUGCCUGGAUCGUUUGAAUGUGCAUGUCGGGGUGGGUUCACAGGGAGACGUUGUGAGGAAAAUAUCAAAGAAUGUAUGUCAAACCCAUGUCGGAACUCUGGUACCUGUCUCGACGAUAUUGACAAGUUCCUAUGUGUUUGUAUGCCAGGUUACAAGGGUAUAUUUUGUGAGCAGGAAAUUGAUGAAUGUGCAAGCGACCCAUGUCAGAACUCGGGUCUCUGUCAAGACAUGGUCAACCAUUAUAAAUGUGAGUGUCUACCAGGCUUCCACGGCAGUCAGUGCGAGUAUGAGAUCAACCAGUGCGAGGGAGUUCCCUGUGCAAAUGGUGCCACAUGUAAAAAUUUGCGAGACAGUUAUGAAUGCGAAUGUGUACAUGGAUGGACAGGAAAAUAUUGUGAAACGAACAUUAAUGAAUGUAAGGAUGUUACCUGUGGACAUGGUGUCUGUAUUGAUCAGUUAGGUAACUACAUGUGUAAAUGUGAUGGUGGGUACACUGGGCCCAAGUGUGAUACAGAAAUAAAUGAGUGUGAAACAAGUCCAUGCCAGAAUGGAGGAACAUGUACCGACUUCGUCAAUGGGUAUGAAUGUCGGUGUCUCCGUGGUACCUUUGGAACAAACUGCGAGUACAACAAAAAUGACUGUAACAGUAAUCCUUGUAGGAACGGAGCUAUCUGUGAAGAUCACAUUGAUGCUUAUACAUGCCGAUGCAGGGCUGGAUUUACAGGCACCCAUUGUGCUGUGAACAUUGAUGAGUGUGCCUCAGAUCCUUGUGCCAAUGGAGGAACCUGUAUUGACAAGGAGAACGGCUUUAUUUGUCACUGUCCGGAUGGUUACUAUGGAGAUUUCUGCCUUAGCAACAAUAAUGAAUGUGCAAGUAAGCCUUGUGUUAGAGGCGCCUGCAAAGAUGGGGUUAACUCCUAUACAUGCGUUUGUGAAUUUGGAUUUGAGGGGCAAAAUUGCGACAGACAAAUCAACUAUUGUAAAAAUAACCCAUGCCAGCAUUCGGGCACCUGUGUCAAUAAUCUUGGGUACUACAAAUGCCAGUGUGCACCAGGAUACACAGGAACUAACUGUAACAUUAAUGUUAACGAAUGUAGCAGUAACCCAUGUAUAUACGGUUCAUGUCGUGACCUCGUCAAUGAUUACAUCUGUAUGUGUGACAUGCAGUACACCGGCAGGAAUUGUGACACAAAGCUCGACCCAUGCACACCCAACAGGUGUCAGAACAAUGCCAAAUGUGUGCCCCAGGGGAACUAUACUGAUUAUUUCUGUAAUUGCUCAGGAUACGGAUUCCAAGGUCGUCACUGUGAGAUUGAUGUCAAUGAGUGUGCCCAGUGUCUGUAUGGGGGCUCGUGCCCAUGCAGACACGGUCAGUGUGAAAACACACAUGGUUCCUACAGAUGUAGGUGUGAACAUGGUUACGAGGGACAUCAAUGUGAAAAUGACAUCAAUGAUUGCUUCCCAAACCAUUGUCAGAACGGUGGAACCUGUCGGGAUAAAAUAGGUGGUUACACAUGUGGAUGUCCACGUGGUUUCAAUGGUUCACACUGUGAAUACGAUAUAGAUGAGUGUUUGUCACAGCCGUGUAGGAACGGAGCACAGUGUAAAGAUUAUGUUGACUCCUAUACAUGUACAUGUCUGCCAGGAUUUAGCGGCGUCAACUGUGCACACAAUGACAAUGAUUGCACUAACAGCUCUUGUCUGAAUGGCGGUACCUGUAUUGAUCGUGUAAAUUCGUACCACUGCAAGUGUCAACCCGGUUACAAGGGGGACAACUGUGAAAUUCGUAUUAACCCAUGUGAAGAGAAUCAAUGUAUGAAUGGUGCUACAUGUAUCAAUAGACAAAAUGGACAGCAUUACUGCCAGUGCCCAAUUGGAUUUCAGGGACCGAUGUGUGAGGGUUUUGUUGAUUACUGCAGUACGGGGAUUUGUUUGAAUGGUGGAACAUGUUCUCAGGUUGCUAAUAACUACCGUUGUGACUGUAAGCCAGAUUACACGGGAAAAGUAUGUGAUGUAAGGAUGGUCACAUGUGCUGUGGCAGCUCAGCUGAGAAAUACAACAGUGUCCGAUCUAUGUAAGAAUGGCGGAACGUGUCAUAAUGAGGCCGGAACUCACCGUUGUGUCUGCAGCGAUGGUUACCAUGGUAGUUACUGUGAAGUUCGUAAUAACUAUUGCCUAUCUGUGCCCUGUCAGAAUGGAGCUCAGUGUCAGAACCUAGGCAGUGAUUACAGAUGUAACUGCAGCAAUGGGUUUAUGGGACGUGAUUGUGAAGUGAACAUCAAUGAUUGUGCCCAGCAUCCAUGUGCCAAUGGCGGCAAAUGUCAUGAUUUGGUUGGAAAAUUUAUAUGCUCUUGUCCACCAGGGACGUCUGGUUAUCUGUGUGAUAUAAAUCAUGAUGAUUGUUACGCUGGUGCGUGUCAUCACGGCGGGAAAUGUGUUGACAGGGUUGGCGGGUUUGAAUGCGAGUGUCCGCCAGGUUAUGUAGGUCAGCGUUGUGAAGGAGACGUGAAUGAGUGUCUGUCUAACCCUUGUAAUCCACUUGGUAUGCUCAGUUGUGAACAACUACUCAAUGAUUAUAAAUGUCAUUGCAAGCCAGGAUUUACAGGACGCCAUUGUAUGACACGUAUAAACUUCUGUGAGGCAGAUCCAUGUAAGAAUUAUGGUCUGUGUAUGAAUGGAGAAACAGGACCGACAUGUAAAUGUCCCAAGGGUUACACGGGUGAUUUCUGUGAGAAUAUUGCCACUCUAUGCGACAAGGUUGUAUGUCACAAUGGAGGGAAUUGUGAGGUGAUUGGCAACACAUUUAGAUGCAACUGUCCGUACGGAUGGGCAGGAACCACUUGUAACGAAAAUAUUGACGAGUGUGCCUCAAACCCCUGCCAAAAUGGUGGCCAGUGUAUUGAUAACAAAGGUUAUUAUGAGUGUUUGUGUCCACGCUAUUACACGGGUGUACACUGUGAGUUCAUGGACCUUGCUGUUACUGCUGGAAUAGGUAAACCUACCAAGGUGACCCCUACACGACCAUCUAUUCCUCCAGAAUGUAUUGCAAACAACUGUGAGGGUAAAGCUGCCGAUGGAAAAUGUGAUCCUGAAUGUAACAUACCAACCUGUGACUAUGACGGCUAUGAUUGUACAGUUGAAUCACGACCCUGGAAGAACUGUGACAAACCUCGAGAUGGAGUUCUUUGCUUUAACGUGUUCAAUGACAGUAAAUGUGACCCACAGUGUGAUACUGAAGAAUGUUUGUAUGAUGGGUUUGACUGUGUACGUUCACUUGGAGCAUGUAAUCCACACUACGAUACUUACUGUAGUCUUGUGUAUGCUAAUGGAGAAUGUAACCCUGGAUGUGAUACCGCUGCGUGUAACUGGGAUGGUCUCGAUUGUAAUCAUGAGGAGGAGAAACUGGCUCUCGGAAGUCUUGUUAUAGUUGUAGGUGUAAUCCCUGGACAGUUCUUCAAUAUGUCAAAUGAGUUCCUACGAAAACUUGGUAAUCUUCUUAGGGCAGUUUUAUACAUUAGGGUAGAUGACAAUGGAAAAGAUAUGGUCUACCCUUGGUAUAGAGAUGGAAACAAUGGAAACAAAUUAAAUCAGAGAAGUCGACGAUCACUGCUUACUGAGGAAUCUUCCACAGUUCAUACAACACCAAGGGGACAGAUACCUGAUGGGACCAUAGUGCAUUUACUUAUAGACAUUCAGCCUUGCCUCAUGGACGGCUUCCAUGAGUGUUUUGACAGCAGUCAGUCGGCGGCCGAGUUUGUUGUGGCAGCGAUACAGAAUGGAUGGAAUCCACCACUUCCAAUCAUAGACGCAUCAUCAAAAGGCACGAAGGUAGAGGAUCCUCCUGUUGGUACUACACCAACCCUCAUGUAUGUAUUUGUUGCCCUCGGAAUGGUGAUGAUCCUCACAUUGGUUAUUGUUAUUGUGAUUGGACGCAAACGUGCGAGGGGUAUUACCUGGUUCCCUGAGGGUUUCUUCAGCCGUGGAAGUGAUGCUGGCGCCACAGCAAGAUCUUCAAAACGACAUGGGCCAGACGGCGGGGAGGAAAUGAAACAUAUUGGCAAGGGCUCUAUGGAUAAAGUUGACAGUAACGACAAUAAUACCUUAGAUGAUUGGGACAUGCAUCAUCCAGCAAAAAGAAUCAAGAUUGAGCAAAGUGGAGAGUCAACUACUGACCCAUGUGAUACCAGACAGUGGACAACUCAACAUCUAGAAGCAGCUAAUGUGCCAAGAACUACAGAACACAUGGAGUCAACAAUACCCAAUAACUCUUCCAUAAUGGCCCUUACCCCACCCACUGGGGAAGAAAUGGACUCGAAAGAUGUGGAUGUGAGAGGUCCAGAUGGAUUCACACCUCUGAUGCUGGCUUCAAUUCGAGGAGUAGGGCUUGAUACAGGUGAUAAUGAGAGUAGUGGUUCUGGAACCACGACGUCUGGUGACAGUGAGGAAUCUAGUGAAAAUUCUCCAGAAAUUAUACGUAGUUUGUUAAUGCAGGGAGCAGCAAUCAACGCCCAGACAGAUAGAACCGGGGAAACAUCUCUCCACCUGGCAGCACGUUAUGCACGUGCUGAUGCCGCUAAAGCCUUACUUGAUGCUGGAGCGGAUCCUAAUAACCAAGAUGCAGGGGGAAGAACUCCUUUACAUACAGCUGUAGCUUCAGAUGCUCAAGGUGUUUUCCAGAUUUUGCUGAGGAAUCGUUCUACCAAUCUGAAUGCAAGAACACAUGAUGGAACUACCCCAAUGAUUCUUGCUGCCCGCCUUGCUAUAGAAGGUAUGGUAGAGGAAUUGAUAAAUGCAGAGGCAGAUAUAAAUGCCAUGGAUGAAUACGGCAAAACAGCAUUGCACUGGGCAGCAGCUGUAAACAACACGGAAGCAACUCUUGUGCUGUUACAACACGGAGCCAAUAGAGAUGCUCAGGACCAAAAGGAUGAGACUCCAUUGUUUCUUGCUGCUAAAGAAGGAAGUUAUGAAACUUCUAAGAUUUUGUUGGACCACUAUGCUAAUCGUGAAAUCACAGACCAGAUGGAUCGUCUACCUCGAGACAUUGCUGCAGAACGCAUGCACCACGAUAUUCUAAGCUUGUUGGAUGAGUAUCGUGUGACUUCACCAACAGCUUUACAGUUACAUAAUGGACUUCCCACAUCUCCAAAUGGACUUCAUGCUUUUAUGCAUCCACAUAAAAAUAAGAGUAAGCAAAGGAGAAAUAAAAAUAAUGGACAACAUAAUAAGGACCAUUUAACUUACUCUCCAGAGGGACAUAAAAGUACGACCAAAAAGGGUAGAAGUAAAAAGCAGAAAGCCAGGAAUAGCCAUACUCAAGGUAGUGAGAGCUCUCCUGGAGUUGAAUCACCGCCAUGUGAUAUGACUCCGCCGACUUAUGACAAUGUUUGUGGAUCUAUGAUGGGCAUGGGCAUGCGUUCACAAAUGAAUGGAAUAGAUGAAGUUUCAGUAAGUUGUGCACAAAUUACAAAUCGAAUGGACGACCAUUGUGUAAUGUCUAAUCACUAUAAAAAUGACUCUGUAAUGGAGCAGCAUCAUCGGAACAUGGAAAUGAUGUCAAAUGAUUGGAUACAAAACCAACAGCAGCAUCCAAUGUCACAGUCACCCCUAGCGACAUCUUCUAUCCCAACUCCCCCUUCCAGUAACCCAUCUCACAAUAGUCCAUUGAGCAUUGAUGGUAAACUCUCCCCAAUGAAAGGAAAAAUGCUCCCUACAUCACCACCUCAUUAUUUAGCUAUGCAAAACCAAGCACAACGAAAUCGUCCGCAAAAAAGUCCCCAUCAUUAUCAUAUUGACAAUUUUCCAUUUGAUCAGCAACAACAGAAUCCUAUGGACAAUAGCCAUCAUAAUAUGCAGCCUUACACUAUAAUGUAUGAUAAUCAUCAUAGGCAGAAAGUAUCCACCCCGAUGCAGAUUCAGCAUGUUCCACAAUAUCCCACCCCACCAUCACAACACAGUUAUCUGGGAUCAGAUGCCACUCCGCCGCAAGGCCUUACUGCUCUUCCAGAAAAUAUUCUUACACCUUCGCCGGACUCACCGGGUCACUGGUCCAGUUCAUCACCGCAUUCAGCACAUUCUGAUUGGUCGGAGGGUAUUUCGAGCCCAGUGCCUCCUAUUGGCCAACAACCAAUGAAAGGACGAAACACAAUUUCAAGUGAUGCUGUGUUUAUCUGAUAAACAAGUGAAAUCACAAACAGAAGAUAUUAAACAGAGAUUAAAAGUAAUUGAAGUAAUUCAUGUAUUUGCAUUCUGAUAACUGAAUGAAAUGUGAUGUGUUGGAUUAUUUAUGUGCUGUUGGAUUUAACAGUUAUAUUGGUGCAAAUGAUUGUUUUAGUGUCUGUGAUGUGUAAAAUAUUUCAGUGCAGAUAUAGUAAACACAGUGAGAAUUAUUGACAUGUUUGAAAAAAGAAAUAGUUAUAUUUACUGUGUGUUCAGUGUUAGAUAACUACUUACAUACUUACGUGUUUUUACAUACCUUGAUGAUCUUUUAUGGAUUUGAUUAAGCGUAUUAGAGGAGUAGUAAAUUGACAGGGUAUAAUUCACAGGAGGACUCAACUUAUGUAUGUGAGGAAUACUCAGUGGUAUUUCGUCAUUUGAUAUGCACAUUAGAUAUCUAUGAUUAAUAGUAAUGUGCUAUAAACAUCUGCUGGUCAGUUAGAACCAGAGUGGACACAAACAGUUGUUAAGUGCUUUUAUAUUAUAUAUUUGUAUAGAUGGUCAGUAAUUGCACAGAUUUUUAUUUUCUUUUCGUUCUCUAGUUUUAAUGAACAAAGGGGUAUAUUGCAAUAUACUCGAGCCAACAUUAAGAACAGACUUUUAGAGAAGGUUUUUUAUAACUUGCAUUCUUAUCUAUGUUUCUAGUGUUACUUUGCAUUUCGUAUUUAUGUGACAGAUUUUUAAGUGCUUAUUUUGUGUUUGGCUGUAAAUUUGCUUUGUAUUAAAACAUGAGAUUCCUAUUGAUCUCAGUACAUGUUAACAUCAUUGUCAUCAUCAUCUUCAGCAUCAUCAUUAUCAUCAGAGUUUUAUAAAUCUUUUGUUUUUUUAGAAAAAAAAAUGUAAUUGGCCGUAUUAGGAAGCAUUAUUAUAUGUGAUGUUUAUAAUUUUGGUCAAUGCAGUAUGUUUUAUGGUCUUCAUCAUAUCAUACAACCAUCAUUUCAUCAUCAAGGUCAUGAAGGUCAUUCUCAAGGUCAAGGUAAUUUGUGAUGCUACUAUAAUUGUCAUCGCAAUGUGGAAGCGAUGUUUCCAUGGGUCCAAAUUUUAUGCAUGAUAUAUUUGCUUUAUCCCUUCUGAGAGAAUAAUCUGUAUAUAGGAAAGCUUUCUGUAAACAACCAGGGGAGACAAAUCUAUGCUUUUAUUAUCUAUUAUUAAGUGAAAAAAAGGAAAUAAAAUUGAGCCGUGCCAUGGGAAAACCAACAUAGUGGCUUUGCAACUAGCAUGGGUCCAGACCAGCCUGCGCAUCCGCGCAGUCUGGUCAGGAUCCAUGCUGUUCGCUUUCAAAGCCUAUUAUAAUUAGAGAAACGGUUAGUGAACAGCAUGGAUCCUGACCAGACUGUGCGGAUGUGCAGGCUGGUCUGGAUCCAUGCUGGUCACAAAGCCACUAUGUUGGUUUUGUCAUGGCGCGGCUCAAAUAACAUACCAUAAUCAGGGAAACAUUAUUUCUUUUGGUAAAAAUGUUGUUAACACAUCUAUAUUAUUAUUGAGAAAAUACAUUAAAUUACUGUACACAAUACUUAACUGUAUAUACUUAUUUUUGUAUUGUUUUGUAAAUAAAGAAAAAACAUAGCUUUAAAGUUACAAUAUUCAUUUCUUUAGCAAGACUUAGAUGGUUUUAUUUUGAACCCAAAACAUACACAUUGUUAGAAAGAUGGUUUUAUUUAUGUAUGAAAUAUUGUGCAUAAUGUUUUAAUGAGCUUAAUACAUUAGCAUGGGACAUUUUGGUAUAUCUGUUUAUUUGGUUAACUAUAUUGUUAGCAUUGACAAAGGCAAAGGCCAGCUUGAAGUACAAGAUAGAACUGUUGCAUAAUGUACUGUUACUGCCAAUAUUUCUUUUUGCCAAAGCAUUUUGUACUUGCAUUUUAUUUUAUACUUUUUUACAAAAAUCCACAUGGUCAGACUUUUACCACAUGUUUUUUUACUUUAUUGCACAAAUGAACAAAUCUGAAGAUAUAAUCACAAAUUACUUCAGAGCUGUUACAUUUAUUAAAGGUGGUUAAUCAGAUUUUGUUCAACUAAUGGACUUGUUCGAAACUUAAAUUACUGAUCAUUUACACUUAUUUGUGUUCACCAAGUUCUUCAUGCACAUCAGAUUUUCACUGAAAGUAUUUUUAAAAUUUCUUUUUCCUAUCCUGGUUGCCCAACCAAGAUAGUGUUAAUUUAUCAUACAUAUAAAUUUAAGAAACAUGUUUUGCCUAAUGAAUAAUAUGAAUAUAAGCACUAAUUUAUUAAAGUGGAGAAAAAAUUUGCAUUGACAAGUAUUUUGCCAAAAUUUAUUAGAAAUGCAAGUUUCUAAAGUGUCUGUUACCUCCCUUUGUCUAUCUUGGUUGUGCAAACUGAGAUAUAUUGAAACUAGAUACAUGAUGUUUUAAUACUUGGCUUUUGUUUCAGGUUUUUGAAGUAUUUAAAUAUUUAUCCCAUGCAAAAGUAAAAGUAAAAAUUUUAUAUUGAAAUCAAAAGCAAUAGUCCACUUUUUGAAUACCAUUCUAUCAAAGGGAGGUAAUUACACAAUUUCAUAAAAAGUAAUAAAAUAAGCAUUUCCAAUUGGGAUCUAUGAUGUAACUCUAUCUAUUGGAUCCCUUUCAAUGUUCCUAAAUAAAUCUCUAACAGAAUAUAAUUUAUUAUGAAAACUAAAAAAUGUCAUAAAAUGUUGCUCAGAUGUGAUUGGCCACCUUUAAAGAAUUGUUUCCAGAUGGAUAAAUAUUAUUUUGAUUUACUUAUACAAAAAGUCCAUCUUUUCUAUCAAAAUGACCUGGUAACUGAAGGAGUGGUGACCUAUGAGUUUUGUGUUAGAGCUGUAUCAUAAUAAUGCUUAAAAAGCUGUAAAUGUUAAACAUCUACUAGUAUAAUUCUGUUUUGAACAGUUUACAAUUUUAUGUUGUAAGUCACAUGGUCAUGCAGAUUGCUUCCUCCUGCUGGUAUAUCAUUUAAUAUUAAAAAAUACACAUAAAUCAUUUUAUCUAUUAAUGUACAAUAAAAAUGUAUAUUACUUGUAGAAAAAAACACACAGACUUUUAUGUACAGAAAAGUAGUCUUUUUGUUAUAGGGCAUAUUGUAUUUAUACGUACCAGUAUGAGCAGAUAGAGAGAGUAGGGGCAGUAGUUUUGACUAUUGACUGGUAAGCCAUUCAAUAAGUGUUUUCUUACAUUACAUAAAAGAUAAUUUUUCAUACUUUUUUUUUCAAGCUUUGACUUUAGCCCAGUAAGUAGCACAAACUAUGGACGGUUGAUUUUUAUAAGCAGUCAUUUUUUGAUGACACUAGUUGCGCAAUGUCAGUUUAGUUGUUUAUGAACUAGUUCACUAAACCCAAGUACAGCCGCUGUGUUUUAAACUUUAGACCAUUGUUUUCAUUUUUAACUAAAGCAUGUGAAUGAACAGUUCCUGUCAAUAAACAUUUUGUGAAGUGACAGAUCAUUUCCUGUUACUUAUCUAAAGCCCUAGUGAUAUAUGUAUAAAGAGCAGAUGUCUAAAAAUGUUUUGGGCUGGGAUUAAGUCGCUCUUUCUUUCUGCUUGUAUAUGGUUGCUGAUUCGUGCAGUAUUUUAGUUUGAAGUCAAGUACAAAGAAAAAUGGCGGGCGAAUAUAUUAUUUUAAAGCUUACUUGAUGCAUAUAAACUGGCAGACGGACUAAUCAACUUCUAGUAUGUUAGUGUCUGAUAUUUGGCGUUCAUUGUUCAAGAAUUUGAUUGUUACAAUAAGGCUCAUACCACAUCUCUUAACUGAGAAUGGAAUUCCUACACGCUGCGUUGUCUAACAAAGAAAACAACAAAUAAACUGUAUUAUUUAUGUUAGGAGUCUCGUCCUACACAUGUUUUGUGUUCACUGUUUAUUUUUGUCACUAUCCAGUUAUCACUCUCAUCCAUUUGUAUAUUAAUGCCAUAUUGACAUGAUAUUUAACUAGUAAAAUAAACUUCUCAUCAAUGUG